AAUGGAAAAAUUUUUUUUUUUUUAUUGAAAUUCUAAUCAUUCGAAUCGGUCGAAAUAGUGACAUCUAUUGUCGAAAUAUACAAAGCUUCCACAAAUUAUUAUCAAAUCGGUGUUUAUAGAUAAGCAAAAGAAAAAUCGGUGUUGUUUUUUUCUUCUCAUUCGGGUACAAUAAAAAAAAUCCAUCGUAUAUUGAUCAUGGAACAAAUUACCGGCCUUUGUCAGCUACUUUAUCCAUCCAGAUGUUGUCAUCGAAUUUUACGUGAAUUCAUAAUCGAACCAGAAUGUUUUAAAUUGAUCAUGAUAAAAUCGCUUGGUUAUGGAAUCAUAUUCGGUUCGACAAUGGUUAAAUUGCCACAAUUGUUGAAAUUAUUGUCAGCAAAAAGUGGUUUAGGUGUCAGCCUUUCGGCUGUUGUGCUCGAAAUUCUUGCAUUAACAUUUUCAUCUUCAUAUGCAUUCGCAAAUGGUUUUCCAUUCAGUGCUUGGGGUGAAGCAUUAUUCAUAUUAUUCAUGACAUCAUUCAUUGCCUUUUUGAUCAUCUAUUAUGACAUAAAUAAAGGUCAAGCAUUCCUGUUCAUGAUUGUAUUCACAUCAACAUUUGCCAUAUUAAUGUCUGGCCAUGUUCCAAUGAAAAUAUUAUGGAUGGGUCAAGCUGCCGCUUUGCCAUUGAUAAUAUCCAGUAAAUUAGUACAAGCCGGGUCAAAUUUCCGUAAUGGACAUACGGGCAAUCUUUCAGCGGUGACAAUCAUUCUAAUAUUCAUUGGAUCAACAACAAGAAUCAUGACAUCGAUUCAAGAAACUGGUGAUCAAUUGAUUAUUGUUGGUUACUCACUUUCAUCAAUAAUCAAUCUGAUUCUGGUGUUACAAAUGUUCUAUUAUUGGGAAAAUACCAAUAAAUUUAUCCGAAAAAAUUUAGCCAAAAAAGAUAAAUAAUUAAUCAAAAUUCAAAUGAAUUUAUUAUUAUUAUUGUAAUUGUAAUUAUAAUCAUAUUUGAUGAUUUGAUUAAAAAAAAUGAUGCAAAGUUUUUUUUUCUAAACGAUGAACAAUCGCCAUAUACCGAGUUUGUUUUCCCAAGUUUGCAUUUGGCUUUAG